GCUAUCAGUUAUUUCCCCUUUAUACUGGAGCUCUCCGUUAAACUUUGCUAAACCUCACAAGACACGUGGGUCAGCUUAUUGCAUCGAAAAUGCAGCGAGACAGAAAGUAUGAAAAGGGUGAAGCCACCCAGUUCAUUACAAGAAGGAAAGCAAUACAGAAACUACAACUUUCUCUGCCAGACUUCAGGCGUCUAUGCAUCCUGAAAGGUGUGUAUCCACAAGAACCAAAGAAGAAGAAGGCUGUUGGUCAUGGCAGCCGAGCCAUCCACACUUACUACCAUGUCAAAGACAUUGCAUUUCUCUCACACGAACCCAUCAUCAAGAAGUUUAGAGAAUUCAAGCAUUAUAUGCGGCGGUUGAAGAGGGUUAAAGAAAAACGAGUGAAAGGCGCCACCAAGAGGAUGAGAUAUUGCAGACCAACUUACAAAUUGGAUCAUGUAGUGAGAGAACGUUACCCGACAUUUGCUGAUGCCCUUUGUGAUUUGGACGACUGCCUGUCGUUAUUGUUUCUCUUUGCAACGUUUCCAAAAAUGCAGCGAGUCAAUGUUCAUCGUAUCAGGCUCUGUCGCCGACUUACAGUGGAGUUCAUGCAUUACAUAAUAGCUUCGAAAUCCUUGAGAAAGGUGUUCAUCUCCAUCAAAGGUAUUUACUUCCAGGCUGACAUUCAAGGAACUAAAGUCAACUGGGUGAUCCCUCAUGCUGUUGCCCACAAUUAUGCGACAGAUGUUGAUUAUAAAAUCAUGGAAACGUUCGUUGAGUUUUACACAACUCUGAUGGGAUUCACAAAUUAUCGUUUCUACAAUUCUAUCAACUUGUAUUAUCCUCCUCAGUUGAACAUUGGAAACACCACAAAACAACCUGUCAUUGAUGACAGUGAAGAAAGCGACAUUUAUGAAGAACAACUGGCGGCUAUGACUCAACAGCUGAAGAAACAUGGUGACAAUGUUGAUGAAGAAAUUGACGAGUUUCCAGUUGUCAAUCCUGAGAAUCCAGACGAAGUAGAAAUGGCCAAAAUGGAAUACAAGAAUCUCCUUCGAUUUCAAAAUCUGUUUAAAGGACUCAAAUUCUUUCUCAACCGAGAAAUUCCAAGAGAAUAUAUGGUAUUUAUUAUUCGUUCUUUUGAUGGUGAAGUGUCUUGGUCAAACACAGGAAGCCUUGGACACUCGUAUCAGGAAGAUGACGAAACCAUUAGUCAUCAGAUUGUCGAUCGACCAAAUCAAGACAAGAAAUAUUUAUCACGUUACUAUAUCCAGCCGCAGUGGGUGUUUGAUUGUGUGAAUGCACAGAAACUGGUCCCUGUCGAAGACUACUUCCCUGGAGAGUUGUUACCCCCGCAUCUAUCACCGUUUGUUGUUGAAGAAGAAGGGGAAUAUAUACCUCCUGAAAAAUUGGCACAGUUGUCAGAAGGCCAAGAAGGUGAAGAGGAAGGAGAAGAAGAAGAAGAGGAGGAGGAGGAGAUGGCUGUUGCUGGUACCGAGGCCUCGGAAAGUGAAGCUGAAGAUAAGAUCAGUGAUAAAGAAAAUGGAAAUUCUCCUGUCAAGAAAAAGACCUCAGGAAAGAAGAAGGCAGCUCUGAAAAAACGUAAACUUUUUGUUUUGUGUUUCGUUGAGCAGAAGCGCAGCACGAAGAAGAUGCAUGUAAUUCCUGGCAGUGUGGAGAAGGUCGACGAAGUGAAGGUGGUACGACAACAGAAGGAGGAGAAGAAACUGGCCGAGAUGAUGAUUCCGAAGAAGAAGAAGAAACUCUACGACAAGAUCGUGAUGAGGAAGAAGAAGAUUGCUCAGGAGACAAGGAAACUGAAACAAAAGAGGGAUGCCAUCGAGAAGGAGAAAAAAACUGGCAAAACUGUCCGUCAGAAGAGAUAAAGAAUGUAAUGGAUGAUGAGGAGAUUUCAUUGAGUGUGGAGGAGACUGACUGAUAGGAUGAUGGUGUGUGAGACCGAGAUGAAGAAGUUGUAUGGCAAUAUUUUAAAAAGACAAUAAAAAUUAUAUAUAUGUAUAAA